GGGUAAGGAUUUUUGGAAGCAGGCAAACAAGAGCAGAAGUUUAAUUCACUUCUUGUGCAGCCUACAAACUCCAGCUGUCUCCCCUCUCUCUCUACUUUCAGCUACAGAGAACCCAGCAACAGAGAAAGUGACAGAGUAAGGGAAGGAAGACACAGAAACACUGUUCCUGACUAAGAAAGAAGAAGGAGAAGAAGUUUUCCUCCAUAUUUUGCUCUUAAUGCACUUUUUUAUAGAAGAAAGUUGAAGAGACAUCUUGGGACAAAUUCAUGAAUAAGGCUUGAAGGACCCUUGGCCACUUCUGGUGUAGUCAUGCAGUUCCAUUGGGAUGUUGUGGCCCUUCUGAACUUUGGGUUUAUCCUCUGGACUUCUGCAGAAGAAUAUGAUUAUUACAGCUGGCAGUCGGACAAUUUCCAGAAUGGACGAUUCUACACCAAGCAGAGCAAAUGUGUGGACAUUCCCCAAGAUCUUCAUCUCUGCCAUAAUGUUGGCUAUAAGAAGAUGAGGCUUCCUAACUUACUCGACCAUGAAACCAUGCCUGAGGUAAAGCAACAAGCCAGCAGUUGGGUUCCCUUGUUGGCGAAGAGAUGUCAUAGAGAUACCCAACUCUUCUUGUGCUCCCUGUUUGCGCCGAUUUGCUUGGAGAGACCCAUUUACCCAUGCCGGUCAUUGUGUGAGGUGGUGCGUGACAGUUGUGCACCAGUCAUGGAGUCAUAUGGUUUUCCUUGGCCAGAGAUGCUGAACUGUAAUAAAUUUCCUCUCGACAAUGAUCUCUGUAUCACUGUGCAAUAUGGUACCAAGCAAGUGACUCAACCAUCAGGAACCAAGAUCUGCACUCAGUGUGAAAUUGAGCAAAAAUCUGAGACCAUGAGGGUUCAAUAUUGUGCAAGUGAUUUCGUUCUACGGAUGCGCAUUAAAGAGGUGAAGACCGAGAAUGGAGAUCUGAAGCUCAUAGCGGCCCAGAAGAAGAAGAAAGUGCUAAAAGCUGGAAAACUCAAGAGGAAGGAGUUCCGCAAACUGGUCUUGUACAUUAAAAACGCAGUGGAAUGCCAAUGUCCUCAGCUGGACAACCUGAGCGGAAGCUUUCUUAUCAUGGGCCGCAAGGUAGAAAACAAGCUUUUGCUCACUGCCAUCCAUAAAUGGGACAAGAAAAGCAAAGACAUGAAGUACGCGGUGAACUUCAUGUUCUCCUACCCAUGUUCCGAGUCCAUUUCCCAUGGUGGACACAUAGGAUCCUUCCGCUAAGGUCCAUAUCUGGAGAACUUUCCCUGAUGCCUUCACCCUACCAAAUGGACUUUAUAUUUUUAGCAAUAGCAGUAACAUAGCAUACUCGGCUUCAAAUAAAGGGUUACUAGGGUAGUCAUACCGAUGGAGAUGGCUGAGAGGGCGAAGAACGUGACCAUUGCAAGUCAGACACGGGAGGUAGGGAAAAGAACAGACUUUGAAUGCAGAGCUGCGAUUGGAAACACAAUGUACGAGGUUUAAGAAAAUGCCUGGACCAAUAAGUUUAAAGUCUAACAUUAUCACGCUGGUUAAAAGCUGCAGUUUAUCAUUCCCUUAGGCAAAAUGUAUUAAGGCUUAAGCCGGCGGUGGCUAAAGCAGAAUAUUGUAUUUACAGGAAAGCGGCUGAGUCGUGACUGGGCGAACGUUCUCCAAUAAAUUAUAGCCUGACGUCAGCUUCUUGUGCCAGGAAACUUCACUAUAUGAAUAUAUAUAUUCACAGAUAAAAUAUAUGAAAUGGACAUUAUUAUUUAGUACUGCCUAUAUGGAUUUCCUUGAGUUGGUGCUGUGGAACAUGCUGUAUAUCUACUGGGGUGCCAGGAAUAAGAAGUGUUGGUGGGUCCAGCAGUUGUGAGGGACCGUUUUCCACUCAGAUGCCAGUUGAUGGAAUUAUAGGAAGAUAAAAGGGUCAGUUGCACAGAAUUUUAAUAUUGAUUGCCUAUCUUCGGGAUAGACCAUUGAAAGACCAUUGAUAGUUUUGGCACCGAAACUACACAGUUUUAUCCAUUGUGUUGUAGUU